AUGAGCCGCAUCGACCUCAACGACGAGUGGUGGAAGUACGCCGGACCCGGCGGCUUCAAUGAUCCCGACAUGCUGGAGGUGGGCAACAAGGGCCUCACGCACACCGAGCAAAAGUCGCACUUCUCCCUUUGGGCACUCGCCAAGGCGCCGCUCCUCAUCGGAUGCGACAUCCGCAACCUCUCGCGCGAGGUCUUUGAGAUCCUGACGGCCCCCGAAGUGAUCGCCAUCAACCAGGACCCGCUGGGCGUUCAGGUGCACCUUUCGUUCCACCCCCCCCCACCUUCGGCGCGUUGUGGUCAAUCCAAUGCGACUGAUCAACCAA